AUGGACGGGAUUUGGACCCUGGUUGUGUGUUUGGGUGUUGUGGUUUUUGCUGCACCCGGAUUGACUCAGGAUUCAAACAGAACCCAAGCUCAUAUUUUAUGUAUUGAUAAAUCACGACUGACUUGUUUGACUAACACUUCUUUCCUUCCCUCCUCUGUUAGGACAUUGUUUCUGAUCUCUGGUCCAGAGGUGUUGCAUGCUGGGACACCCACUCCCCUGGCUGUCACUGUUUUUACAGGCUUCUCUGGCAAGGUGACGGCUGAAUUGGCAAAUGGUGACACCAGAGUAGCCCAAACGGAGGACUUCCAAGGAGGUUUGACCAGGAUCCUUACACUCCCUCCUAUUCCUGGCUCUGUAACCCAGAAUUCCCUCUUUAACUUGACGGUGAGAGGCCACAGGAGUGACAGCCUCCUCUUCACCAGCACCACCACCCUCAGCUUCAACCCUAAGAACGUCUCCACCUUCAUCCAAACCGACAGAUCACGCUACCAACCAGGCGAUACGGUCAGAGUCAGAGUUGUGUCUGUCCAGUUGGAUAAGCGUCCAUACAAAGGCAAAGUGGAUAUCUCUGUACAGGAUCCCAGUGGGAAUGUCAUUGACAGGUGGGAGUCUGCAGGGAAUCUGGGGAUUGUGUUGCAGGAAGUCAGCUUAUCCCAGACAGCUCCUCUUGGACAGUGGGCGAUCACAACAACUGUGAAUGGUGUUACUGAUAAGAAAAAAAUCACUGUGGAACAUCACGAUCGUCCCCGAUUUGAAAUGCUGGUAAAGACACCUUUGCGGGUCCUUGUUGGAGAUGACAUCUCAGGAUCAGUCAGAGCACUUUACCCUAGCGGACAACCUGUACAGGGAAGAUUAACUGUCUCAGUCACUCUGGCACCUGAUAUGUAUGAUGCAGCCCCUCCAGACAUGCUAACACAAUCCAAAGAGAUCUAUGGAUCAACACAGUUUUUCUUCAGCAAAGAUCAACUUCAAGCCCUGCACACUUCAUCAGGAAUUAGCAGCGACAGUCAUGUACACGUUGUUGCCUGUGUUACCAGCAACACUACUGAAUUUAAAGUGAACAAAACAGUCGAGGUCCACCUUGUGCAGAAUCCAUACCAGCUGAUGUUCCAUGAUUUUCCACCUUCACUAAAACCAUCUUUACACUUCUCUACAAAACUCAAGAUCUCUAGAUAUGACAAAAAGCCUUUGAGCUCACAGGAUCUAAUGUACUCAGCUGUGGUUGAGGUGACUCAGAGAAAGUCCACCACAAAUACUGAACCAACAACUGAAACUGUCCCCGUGCCCGAGGACGGGAACGUCCACAUUAAGUUUAAGUUACAGGAUCAAGUGGAGAUGCUUUUUAUUCAGGUCAGGUUCCAUUCCAGUGAGGAGACUUUGAUGGUCUACAACAACUACUCUUCUCCUAGUAGCUCAUAUAUUCAGAUCUCCCCAAUUAACACCUUGCCUGCACAGAUUGGAUCACCUCUGCAGAUAGAUGUGGAGAGCACCUCUGAACCGACUGUGCUUCACUUUGUGGUGAGCUCUAGAGGUCAGGUGGUGGCUGCUGGAACAAAGAAUUCAUCCUCUUUUUCUCUGACCCCAACACUGUCCUGGUUACCUGAGGCCUGUAUCACUGUCUACUGCAUCCUCUCUGAUGGAGAGGUCACCAGUGACACAGCCUGUGAUUCUCUGUGUAUUUAUUUUCCUCAGCUGUCUCUAAACUGGAGCAGUGACAAGGCCCAACCAGGGGAGCAGGUAUCACUCACUGUGACUGCCCUAGAACCCAGGAUCCAGGUAGGAAUUGUGAUUAUGGGGACUCAUGAUGACGACUCUCCGGAGGAUGACCAGGACUUAAAAGUAAAGCAGAAUAGAUCAUUUAAACUGAAAUCUCCUCGGGCAUCUACAGAGCCGAGACUGUUUUACACCUUACAUCACCUGCAGAGUCCUGACCUAUUUUUCAUAGGUUGUCGCACUAAUGAUGCAUCAUUAGUGUUCACAUCUCAAAACACUGUUGAUGGUUGUAUUUUUAGCAACAACAACAACAAAUUUAUGAUUGUUUUUGUCUUUUUUGUAUCUUUCACACCACAGGAAUGUGACAUUAGGAUGUUGACCAAUGCCAACCUGUAUGAGAAAAAUAAUUCUCAUGGAUCUAAAACUGGGUUUGCAAAAGGAGAUGUUCUCUUGGUGGAGAAGUACUGGAGCCAGUGGAUGGAUGCCUCUGAAUCCUUGCUGUGGUUAGAUACUAAUAUUAGUGAUAAAACAUGGAUGAGUGAGAAAAUAACAGUGCCAGAUGGUGUUACUUCUUUGGGAGCUGUAGCACUGGUAAUGUCAGACAACCUGGGUUUAGGCUUCACUCCUGUACCACAAAAGUUGACUGUGUCCAAAGAUUUCUCCUUGUCUCUAAAUGUCCCAUCAUACCUCAUCAGGGGAGAGGAGAUUGUGCUAGAGGUGAACAUCAUCAACCAUUUAGAGCGGGACAUAGAGGUCAUCGUGCUGCUCGCACAGGGCAAGGCCUUUGAGUUUGUUUUGGGAGACAGAGGAGACGUCUCUGUGGUAAAUGCUCAAAAACUCACCCUAGGGAGUCAUGUCUCUGCUUCAGCCCUGUUCCCUAUAAGGCCUGUAGCUCUGGGCGAGAUGGAAAUAUCUGUGGACGCCGUGUGUGCUGAGGCCUCAGACAGCCUUGUUUGGAGAGUUCUUGUGAAGCCUGAGGGUGUUGAACAGUCCUUCUCAGAGUCUCUGUUCCUGGAGCUGGUACCAGAGAGCCACAACAAAUCCAGAUCUGUCUCCUUCUCCUUUCCACCAGAUGUGGUGCCGGGCAGCCAGAGGGCCCAUGUGGCACUGGUUGGUGAUAUCUUGGCCUUGUCCUUCAACAACCUGGAUACACUGGUUCAGAUGCCUCUUGGUUGUGGGGAGCAGAACAUGAUCCACUUUGCUCCAAGUGUUUAUGUUCUCCAGUACCUGGAUCAGUCAACCCUGGAUGAUGCGGAGAUCAGGAACAAGGUUCUGGGCUAUAUGAUGGGGGGAUAUCAGAGACAGUUGUCCUACCAACGAGAUGACGGUUCCUUCAGUGCUUUCGGAGCCAGUGACACCUCGGGAAGUACAUGGCUGACAGCCUUUGUGCUGCGCUGCUUCCUUCAGGCUCAGCCCUACAUGCGGGUAGACCAGAGUGUCCUGACCAGAGCCAUGACUUGGCUUUUGAAACACCAGGGGCCUCAGGGAGAAUUCACCGAGGUGGGAAGGCUGAUCCACACAGAGAUGCAGGGAGGACUCGAUAAUGGAUCAGUGGCACUCACUGCCUAUGUACUGAUAGCACUGCUGGAGGAUCAGACCUAUGCGGAAAGGUACUCAAGCAAUGUGUCCCUGGCCCAGAAGUACCUGGAGGACAAAGUGUCCAGUGGGGUGGUCAGUAACUACAGCCUAUGUCUCGUGACUUAUGCUUUAGUUCUGGCCAACAGUCCCAUGACUAAAACUGUCCUGUCUGAGAUCAUCAGUAGAGCUGACAACACAGAUGGAGUCAAAAUGUGGAUAUCCUCUGCUGGCCUGAAGUCACAUGACUGGCAGCCACACUCAGCACAGAUAGAGAUGGCCUCUUAUGUGCUGCUGGCUCUUUUGAGGCAUGGCAGCUUAGUUGAGGGCAUUUCAUUGCUGAAGUGGUUAAGUAAGCAGAGGAAUCAUCUUGGAGGCUAUGGGACAACACAGGACACAGUGGUUGCCCUCCAGGCUCUGGCUUACUACGCUGCAUUUAGUGGUGCCAAUGCUAUUGACCUCAGGCUUGAUGUAUCUGCCCCAGCACCUAUGUUUGUGUCUCAGUUUAGUAUCAACUCCACGAACUAUCGCAUAUCUCAAAUCCAAGAGAUUAAUGCAGAAAAAGAUCUACACCUAAACAUAUACAUGGAAGGAAGAGGAUUUGCCACAUUUCAGAUGAAUGUCUUUUACAAUGUGGAGAGCGCAGCGUUUUCACAGAACCUCCUGCACACCUCAGAUGAUGAGGCUUUCUCAUUAAAAGUUGAUGUUUCUGAAGAAAGAGGCUACAAUCACAUGGUGCUGUCUAUAUGCAUGAGAUUAAAGGAUAGUCAGGUGAUAUCUCAUACAGGUAUGGCUAUAUUGGAUGUGGGCAUGCUCAGUGGUUUCCGCCUGUCUCCUGGAGCUGCUACCCCAACAGAUCUUAUCAGAAAGGUGGAGAUACUGCCUGAGAAAGUUAGCCUGUACCUUGAUUCAAUUUCCAAGUCAGAGGUUUGCAUCGGCCUCCCAGUCAUUAGACACUACAAAGUGGCCCAUGUACAGGAUGCUGUGGUGCAGGUUUACGACUACUAUGAACCUACAAGAAAAGCAGUAAGAACAUACAACUCAGAUUUUCUUCACAACAUGGACUCCUGUUACUUCUGUGGUACAAACUGUGAUCGCUGUAGGCCAGGGGUCAUCAUCACAGUUUCCUCCCCUCUCUCAUCUCACUCAUUAAGCAGCGCCACCUACAGCUUGAGUUGCAUAUUCCUUGGAGUCACUGCUUUUUUUAUUGUAGCCUGAUUUUAUAGAAUUUAAAAAAUAUAUAUAUUGAAGGAAUUAAUAUACAUUGAGAGACAUAGUUUUAGUACAGUAUGUACACAUUGACAUGCACUGGAUGCAAAUUAAAAAUUCUUUUCAAAAGAUAUUAUUUCAUGACAAGUGAUUGUAAUAUUUAGAGAACUGUUUGCAUGUUGCUCUUUAGUGCAGACUUGCCUUCUGCUAUUUACAAUGUGUUUUGUUUUAUAUUGUUUUUAAAUAGAACUUAAUGAGAAAUUACUGUCAUUGGAAACCAUCCUAUUAAUUUCAUUUGUGUUGUGUAUGUAUAUUUGGGUUCAAUAUAUUAGAAAACAAUUUCAAAGAAUGUCUUUACAUAGUUCAUGAAACCUACCAUUCUCCAUAUGAAUCCAUGUGUUGACUGAAAUAAAGCACUCAUGUAUA